UACAAGCAACUCAUUUCAGUGUUUAAAUACCAGUUUCAUUCCGCUGCAACCAUCAUAAUUCGUUUUACUUAUUUGGUUGAAUUUACCACUUUAUUCACAUAGAAACAUUUGCAUUGAUAAGGAGUAUAUUCUAAUUUUGACCUUUGUUUUAAAAUAUACCUUGUUUUAUUUUGAGUCAAAUAUAUUAAACUGUGUUUUGCAAUAUUAUUAACAGUGAUUGAUGUGCUUUUUUGUUAGAAUUUUAAGUUACAUUGAAUAUAUGUCGUUUUUGAACUAACUUAAUAUACGUCAAAUAUGAACGAGUCUAAUACAUCCACUCUUGAGACGUCAUCUGUUUUUGGAAAUCCACGUCUACAAACUGAUGAAAAACAAUGCAGACGUAAUGAUAGUACUCUAUAUGAUAGUGCGUUAGAAAAUAUAACUACUUUCGCAUCGUUUGAUGAUAGUUCUAAUAGCUUUGAGUCGACGUCACCAAAAACCAGUAAUGAUUUAUUUCUAAAUUCAUCUAUAGAAAUGGAUUUACGCCAAAAUAAUGAAAUUCCUAAAUACAUGACUUCAAAUGAGCUAUUAAGUGAAUCCGGAAGGCAUGAUGGAAAUGCAAUCCAAGAGGAAGUCAAUCCUAAAUCACAACUAGCAAACAAAACAGUAUUUAAAAAUGAUAAUCCAAAUUUGUCAAUUAUCGAAAUAAAUCAAAAUUCAAGCAGGGAACAAGAACUAAAAAAUUCAAUUAUAUUAAUUGAACCAUAUGAUGACGAAAAUGCACACGCUCUAAAUAGCAUAUAUCCUCAAAAUUAUAUUAAUGUUAAUGGAAAAAGUAGAAAAAAACCAACACUCCUAAAAAAUGCUAAACAAAACAUGGAUGCCGUCACUUUGGAAGAGCAAAAAUUAAUUGAUGAAAAUAUUUGUGCCGAAAAUUUGUCAAGAGAUACUAGAAAAGAAAUAAAACUAUAUGAGUCACUGGAUGAAUUUGAAAACAAUUUACCAUCGACAGUGACGAUACUAAAUACUCCUUUUGGUAGCAAGGUUUAUUUGGUUGGAACAGCACAUUUUAGCGAAGACUCUCAAGACGAUGUUUCAUAUGUUAUUCGUAAUGUCCGUCCAGACGUUGUUAUGGUUGAGUUAUGCCCUUCUCGUAUUCAUAUUUUAAAGUUGGAUGAAAAAAGUUUACUCGAAGAAGCUAAAAGUUUCAACUUAACCAAAAUUCGUAGCAUUAUUCAAACUCACGGAUAUAUAAAUGGAAUAUUCUUUAUACUUCUGUUGCAAAUGAGUGCACAAAUCGCAAAGGACCUUGGAAUGGCUCCAGGAGGCGAAUUUCGUCGCGCAUUUGAAGAAAUUCAUAAAAUACCUGGUUGUAUGCUUCAUCUUGGUGAUAGACCUAUACGUAUAACAUUACAUAGAGCGCUACGGGCGCUUUCUUUAUGGCAAACUAUAAAAUUAGUUUGGCGCCUCACAUCUUCGGAUACAAUUAGUAUUGAAGAAGUUGAAGAAUGUAAACAACGUGAUUUACUCGAGAAAUUAAUGCAAGAAAUGGCGGGGGAAUUUCCUGCUUUUUCUGAUGUUUUCGUAAGAGAGCGUGAUAUUUUUCUUUGUCAUUCCCUGCAAUUAGCAGCCUUGCCUCAACCUGCGAUUAAUGGUUCUGGAAUUCCACGACCUGUUCGUGUAGUUGGUGUUGUUGGUAUUGGUCAUGCAAAUGGAAUUGCUCAAAUGUGGGGAAAAGUCGAUCCGCAAAAGAUUCCAGAAAUAUUAGAAAUCCCACCUGCUAGUUCGAGCACGCGGAUGUGCAAAUAUAUCAUUAAGUAUGGUUUAAUUGGUCUUACAUUAUUUGGAGUCGUGAGAGUUUUAAAACCAAGACUUAUUCGUCUUUUUUGAUAUAUUUUCCUGUAUAUUAAUAUUUUACGGCUAUCUGAAAUAUUUCGAUAAUAAAAAUGUAUAUCAAUUAAUAAUUGUAAUCAAAUUUAGUAUACUGAUGUAAAUAUAAACUUAAAAUAUACAAAAGUAUU